ACGAAAGAAGAAGAACGCUUGCGAUAACUUUCAGUAUGGCUAGCUAACUAUAGAUAACAUAAAGGUAGCGAAAGGUAGAAAAUAACCCCUCUUUCCCGUGUCUCUCUACAAGUAAAAACCAGAUACACGAGAUUACCUGAUAGCAACUUAAACACAGAUUUACUAUGGCUUUUCUUGGGAGAUUGAGGCCAGUUCUGUCUUCGGUCUUGCAAGCGACUCAGUCAGCAUUCCCCUGGUCCGGACCUGUGCUCACCAGGACGAUGGCCAUCAAUCAGAUGCAUCGGCAGGGCAGACCUCCGCGGCCACUCAAAAAAGUUAGCGCCACAUUCGGUCGACCACAGCUGAAGGGCCGUGUUUUGAAGACUCUAAUUAGGAAGCCCAAAAAGCCCAACUCGGCCAACCGCAAAUGUGCGCGGGUCCGUCUUUCCAAUGGCAAAGAAGCAGUGGUGUUCAUACCUGGGGAGGGACACAACCUUCAGGAACACAAUGUAGUGCUUAUCCAAGGAGGGAGGACACAAGACUUGCCAGGUGUCAAGCUGACAGUAGUCAGAGGCAAAUAUGACUGUGCUCAUGUAGUGAAGAAGAAACAGUAACAACUGUUGCCACAUCUGGAACCACUCCUGAAUCUUAGAAAGUUCAACAUCAACAUCUCUAAGUGGUUUAUUUUCAGAAUUUUUGAGGUUACUUAUUUACAGUAACAGUGUAUUCAAUCAUGCAGUUUAUUUAAAGUUUGUGAAUGUUCAUAAUCUUGGCAUCUCAUUUACAUGAAAAUAAACCAAUCAAUUGAAGUGAAA